CUCCCCGGAGCCUGGGCGGAAAGGCGGAGCUUCUCUCACCUGCUCCGUGGUGCGAUCAGAGUGCGGUUCUCCUGGGGGUUUAGCAAAAGUCACAUUGCUAUUCAACUGCAGAAGAAACUGCCUGUGAUGAUGAAAGACAAAGAACCUCCUCAAAGUCAAAAAGCAAACCAAGAGAUAAGGUUCGUGUUCAUUGCCCAGCUGCCGCCUCGGAUUGCAUGGCCUCUGCACUUCUCGGCUGGAUUCUCAGACGGUGUUUGAAGAAUUUUAGGUUGGCGCGAUGUGAUGCCGCAGGAGCAGUCAUUCCUGAUCGCUUUUAAAGACCCAGCUCGUGUUCCUGACUAAUUGUAGGUUCUGAUCAUCAUGAUGCCUGUCUUCCUGAUUCUUUUGGGGGCUGUGGAGACACUGCAGACAGACUUACUUCCUGACAAAAAGUUUUUACUUCUCCCACCCAUGAAUUUCACAAUUAAAGUUACUGGCUUAGCUCAAGUUCUUUUAUACUGGGAACCAAAUCCUGAUCAAGGGCAAAGGAAUGUCAAUCUAAAAUAUCAUGUGAAAAUAAAUGCCCCACAAGAAGAGGAUUAUGAAACCAGGAACACUCAAAGCAAAUGUGAAACCACCUUGCAUGAAGGGUUUUCAGCAAGCGUGCGUACCAUCCUGCGGCGCGGCCACUCCUUGCUGGCCAGCAGCUGGGUUUCUGCUGAACACAAAGCCCCGCCAGGGUCUCCUGGAACUUCAAUUGUGAAUUUAACUUGCACCACAAACACUGCAGCAGAUGAUGACACAAACUUAAAGUCAUACCAAGUUUCUCUUCAUUGCACCUGGCUUGCUGGCAAGGAUGCCCCUGAGGACACACAGUAUUUCCUCUAUUAUAGGUAUGGCCCUUGGACUGAAGAAUGUCAAGAAUACAGCAAAGAUACGCUGAACAGAAAUACUGCAUGCUGGUUCCCAAGGACUUUUAUCCAUAGCAAAGCACGUGAUAGGCUUGCAGUGCACGUUAAUGGUUCAAGCAAACACGCUGCAAUCAAGCCCUCUGAUCAGCUGUUUGAUACACAAGCCAUUGAUCAACCAAAUCCUCCAAUAAAUGUCACAGCAGAGAUGGAAGGAUCUCGUCUCUCCAUCCAUUGGGAAAAACCAGUUUCUGCCUUUCCAGUCCACUGCUUUGAGUAUGAAGUGAAAAUUUACAACACGAAGGGCUAUUUUCAGGUGGAAAAGACAACAACCCAUGCAUUUGUCUCCACAACUGAUGGUGUUUCUCAGUACUCCAUUCAAGUGAGAGCAACCGUGAGCCCUCAGUGUAGAGCCAUGGGGCUGUGGAGCAAGUGGAGUCAGCCUAUUUCCGUGGGAAAGGAGCAGAAGCGCAUCACCGAAUGGUUUCUCAUCGCACUUACAGCAACCGUCUGCGUCAUCUCGUUAACUUCCUUACUCCUCUGCAGAAUGUAUCACUUAUGGACCAAGUUGUUUCCACCAGUUCCAGCACCAAAAAGUAACAUCAAAGAUCUCAUUGUGACCACUAACUGCGAGAAAGCUGUUUCCAGUGAAACAGAAAUUGAAGGUAUAACUUAUGUAGAAGAGCCUUUAUUUGAAAUCACGGAAAGUUCUGUGUUUUGAUUGUCACUGUGGCACUCUCCGGUGAACUCACAUACGUACCAGUGAGAAGAACUAUGAUUUCCUGGCUAAGAGGUGUUUAUAAUUCAUGGAACUCAAUUAGUCUGCAAGGGAAUAUAUUCAGACAUAUGCCAUGUUUCUCCUUCUGUUUCUCCUUGCUGAAGAAUGCUUGAUAAAGCAUGUGAAUGCUUCAUCAAAAGUCUCCUUGCUCCCAUCGAAGUGACUGAAAAAUAUUUGCCCAUGGGAUUUCUCCUCAUGCUCUAUAGGACAGCACCUCCUCACGUCUUACCUCAGACUUUCUGGCACAAGAGACAGUUUCUAAGGGUAAUGUGAAGUGUGCUUACUUCUGGCAGUGCCAGUUUGGCUAUUUGCCCUGCCACUGUACACCACCUUGCAGGUAUUUGGAAUUCAACAACAUUUAGCAGAAAUCAAGGCCUUCAAUAUCACAGAGAAGAUGACAGGUUUUCUUGAGAAUGCAAAUGGAAGUAACUAGGAGACCUGUGUGUCUGGUGACAAGGCUGCCAUGACCUGGAUCUCAUCACAGCAAAUUAGAGAAUGUGAACAUUCAUUUAAUGAUAAAUACCAUCAUCUGCGACUGACGUAAGCCGGGCUCAUGUAAGUUGGCUCCCACCAGCAAAGAUUGGAGAGGUUUUCCUUUUGGAGCCUUCCCAGACACAGGAUCUAAAACAAAUACUCGCUUUCCAAGACAUCCUUUGCAACAAGGGAUUUAGCCUCAUCUCUUUCUUUGUGUCUUGGAAUUUGCUGUGUGCAGCAGAGAGACAGUGCGGGUGAAGUUCAUGUCUGCCAACAGCUUGGCCACCUGAGCCUCACUGAAAUACUUCAGGCCUCAAGUUAUUUAUGCAAGGCUGGGGAAGAAUUUGCAUGGGCAAAAAACAUCCUGAUUAAAAAUCCAAACAUUUUCAUGGUGAGACUUGUAUGUGUCAGGACCAUCUGUUGGUGGAAUUAAUAAACCCUAGGUGCUAAAGAAAAAGUAGAUCUCUGGAAGCAAGAACAGUUCACUGAAAACAAUCUUUGAUGGCACAAGUAAAGAUGAAAAACCUAAUUAGACCAGGACUUAAUGUUAGCCUAAGGAUCUUCGCGACAAUGACUGUGUAGCUAUUUCUGCUUCCAUAUCUCAUAAAUUGAAUUCCAGAGUGCAAACUUUUUGCAAACCCCUUUUCUUUGGAAUUUGAUAUCAAAUUAAAAGACAAUCCUGUA